AUGGAAUUCGUAUUAGGAAAACCUCAGUUUUCUGGAAUGUUAACACUUUGGUGGGUUGCCCUUAUGAUCAACUUCAUAACUUUCUCUUCAUCACAUGUCUCCUCUUCCACAACUUCACCAAAUAGUGAAGCAAAUGCUUUACUGAAGUGGAAAGCCAGCUUUGACAACAAAAGCCAAGCUCUAUUAUCAUCGUGGAGUGGUAAUACUAGUCAUCCUUACAAUUGGGUUGGAAUUACAUGUGAUGAAUUCAACUCCAUUUCCAAUAUUUCUCUUCAAAAUCAUGGAUUAAGAGCCUUCGCACAUCUUAGUUUCAUCCAUUGUGCCAUCGCUGUCGCUGUUCUCGCCACCGCUGUUCGCCGUUUGUCGCUGUCGCUGUUUGCUGUUCGCUGUUCGCACUUUUUCUGUUCACGCCGCCGCUCUUCGCCGUUCAUGCCGUUGCUGUUCACUGUUUCUGUGCCGCUGCCACUGUUCUCUAUUCCAAAAAGUUGUCCGCCGCCACCACCAUUCCAGAUCUACAUCUCUAUUCCAGAUCUGCAUUGCUAUUCCAGAUCUGCACCGUAUAUGGCUACUCCACCUGAGAACAGUAGUGAUGCUCCACCUACUGAAGAAGAAGCAUUCAAGGAGGUUAAACGGGGUAAAACUGUUAUGAAAGCAGUAAUACGGGCUCGAGUAGCUGGUCAUAAAUUACCAGUAAAUUAG